GCAGGGCGGAGAAGAAUAAGUACACACGAUCGGGUGGCACCUGAUUCGAUGUUUCAAACGAUGCCCUGGUCAAAAUAAGAGAAGACGUGUCGAUUUCCGGAUCUAUGUUUUUUUCUCGCUGUGUGGAAUAAUGCCGUCGCCGGGGAGAAAAACUUGUAUCGGGACAUAUCUAGUGCUUGUUGUCUUGGAGUAUAACUGGGGAGCGGUGUCCGGGCAGCUCUCCUAUUCCGUCUCAGAGGAGGUAAACGUGGGCACGUCUGUGGGAAAUCUCGCCAAGGAUCUGAGCCUGAACGUUCACGAUUUGGAGUCACGUAUGUUUCAGAUCGUUACUGGAUCAAAGAGAAAAUAUUUCGAUGUAAAUUUGAAGUCAGGUUUUCUCUACGUCAUUGAAAGAAUAGACAGAGAAGAGCUCUGUGCCAAGGCGACAAAAUGUACAAUUAACGUCGAGGCUGUGAUAAAUAAUCCACUGAAACUUUACCGUGUUGAAGUGAAUAUUCUCGAUGUAAACGAUAAUCCGCCGUCCUUCAGUGCCCAAUCUCAAACUAUUGAUAUUGCAGAGAGCGUAUUACCGGGAGCUACAUUCCCUGUGCUCUCGGCCUACGAUGCCGAUGUCGGGAAAAAUAGCAUUAACACAUACAAGCUGAAUCCCAAUGAAUAUUUUUCUUUAGUGGUGCACAGAGCAGAGAGCGUGUCAGCCGAGCUGGUUCUGCAGAAACCAUUAGACCGAGAGAAACGGGCUUUGAUUAAAUUAACGCUGACCGCUGUAGAUGGAGGAACGCCUCCGAAAUCUGGCACAUCAGAAAUAUUAAUUAAUGUUCUGGAUAUCAAUGAUAAUAUUCCAGUCUUUGGCAAAACUCUCUAUAAAACAAGUAUCACGGAAAAUGCAGCACUUGGCACUACAGUACUGGCAGUGACGGCAACUGAUGCGGAUGAAGGUCCAAACAAAGAUAUCCUGUAUUUACUGAAUUCGAAAGAUCAGGACCGUGUCUUGGACAUUUUUGAAAUCGAUUCUCAAACGGGAAUAAUAACAGUUAAAGGAAAGAUUGACUUCGAAGCAAAUCCUGCCUUCGAAAUCCGCGUGCAGGCUGCAGACAAAGGCCAGCCUCCGUUAACAGCUCAGUGUAAAGUGCUCGUGGAGGUGGUGGACUUGAACGACAAUGCCCCUGACGUCACGGUGACGUCACUGCUCAGUACAGUGAGGGAGGAUGCUGAACUUGGUACAGCCAUUGCACUUGUUUCGGUUCUUGACAGAGAUGGGGGAAAAAAUGGUGAAGUGAAAUGUGCAAUAUUGAAUGCAGUCCCCUUUAAAUUAGAGACUAACUACAAAAAUUAUUAUUCUUUAGUUAUCGCCGGAGCUCUGGAUAGGGAACUCGUUACCCACUACAAUAUUACUAUUAAAGCCACAGAUGAAGGCAGUCCCCCUCUCUCUAACACAAGUGUGGUUAUUGUCCAGGUUUCUGAUGUAAAUGACAACACACCUCUGUUUUCAGAGAGUGUAAUAAAUAUGUAUGUGGGAGAAAACAGUCCAGUUGGCACCGUUUUGAAAGCAGUAUCUGCAACUGAUGCUGACAUUAGUGAAAAUGGUCGGUUGAGUUACUCAUUAGUCAGCGACAAAAAUAAAGUGCCGUUGUCUGCUAUGCUCAAUAUCAACUCAGAGACAGGCGAUAUAAUCAGUCUGCAGUCGUUCAACUUUGAGGAGUUAAAAACGUUUCAGUUUAAAGUUCAGGCCACAGACUCUGGUGUUCCUCCGCUCAGCAGCAACGUGACUGUGAACGUUUUUAUCCUGGAUGAGAAUGACAACAGUCCUUCAGUUCUUUCUCCAUACUCUGAGCACGGCUCCGUAAACAGUGAGAGCAUCCCCUAUUCUGCUGAAGCUGGAUACUUUGUGGCAAAGAUCCGGGCUGUAGACGCAGACUCUGGAUACAACGCGCUGCUUUCUUAUCACCUCUCUGAGCCCAAAGGAAACAACCUCUUCCGGAUCGGAACCAGCACCGGGGAAAUCAGGACUAAGAGGAGAAUGAGUGACAAUGACUUGAAAACUCACCCCUUGGUGGUGCUGGUUUCUGAUAACGGAGAACCCUCCCUGUCAGCUACUGUGUCUAUAGAUGUGGUGGUGGUUGAGAACACAGCUGACAUCCAGACUCAGUUCAGACAUGUGCCCACAAAGGACGAUGGCUUCUCUGAUUUAAACCUGUAUCUGCUGAUCGGCAUUGCGUCGGUGUCAGUCAUCUUUCUGCUGAGCCUCAUCACUUUAAUAGCUGUCAAAUGCCACAGGACAGACAGCAGCUUCAGCAGGUACAGCGCCCCAAUGAUCACCACCCACCCUGACGGGAGCUGGUCUUACUCUAAAGCUACUCAGCAGUAUGACGUCUGCUUCAGCUCAGACACGCUAAAGAGUGACGUGGUGGUUUUCCCCGCACAGUUUCCGCCUGCAGAUGCGGAACUGAUCAGUAUUAAUGGAGGAGACACUUAUGGCAGUACUCAGACUUUACCAAACAAAGACAAGGUAAGACAAUAG